UUGUGUAGUCUGUUUGUUUGCUAUUUGUCAUAUUCUUGUCCCAAUAUGGAGUGGUGUAUAUCACUGUUAUUCUUAUCCUUUCUUCUCAUAGCUCACUUUCAAUUUUUAGCUAUAGUUCUAUCACUUUUAUGCAUAUAUAUAUAUGUUCUUGAAUUUUUGCCUUUUAGUGGGUCUUUUCUAGUUAAUAAUUUUUUAUUUUAUUUUGGUAUAAUGAUGACAUGAGUUGAGCCUAAAAUGGAAAAGUGAGGAUUCGUAUAGCAGACCUUAACUUGUUUAGGACUGAAGCGUAAUAGUUGUUUGUUUGGUUUUGUAGAAGCUUUUCCAAUAUGAAAAUUUUGAGCUUUUGGGGUUUCUGUUCUUGAUUUUUUUUGUGAAUUUUUAUGCAAAAAGCAUAUCAAGUUGAAAUUUUCUUUCUUGGAUGGAAUUGAGAAUGGCUUUGGUCAGGAUUUAGAGUUGGGAGAAAUCUUAAAUGAAGCGAUAUGGACAAUGAGGAUUCAUACAGCCGAUCCCAAUUUGCUUGCGAUUGAGGUGCAAUAGUGGUUGUUGUUUUUUCCUAAUAAAGGAGAAUUCUUUGGGGUGAUUUUGAAGGAGAAAACUAUGGAUCACAGAAGUCAUCAGCAGCAACAGAUGACUUCUGGCUUAACUCGAUAUCGAUCCGCGCCAAGUUCUUAUUUUUCCAGCCUAUUAAGUAGUAAUAAUCCUGCUGCUGUUGCUAGUGGAGGUGGUAAUUGUGGUUAUGCAAGAGAUGAUUUUGAACAGUUGCUCAAUUCUCGAGCUUCGAAUACUGAUAUAAAGCAAGUUUUCGAUAGAUUUGUGGCUAAUAUUGAUCCACAAGAUUCGAAUUCGAAUGGCCUAAUUGGUGAUACUCAGCAAAAUCACAUGAGUAAUAUGAAUGUUAGAUCAGAAGUUGUAGCUCCUAUGAAACAAGAACACGAAGCUCAGCGGCAGAGUCAUAAUUCGCAGUUUAUUGCAGCAGUGAAACAAGAAACUCAGCAAAAUAGUGAUUAUUCUUUGGUUUCACAGAUGAAUUAUCAAACUCAAGCUCAACAAAAUGACAAUUCGGACCUUAAUUCAGCCAUGGAUAAUUUUGCCAGAUUUUUGGGUGCGGCAGAUUCAAAUCGUUUGAACCAGACGAAAAUGGAUGGUGGAUUUGGCACUGGUAGUAGUAAUUCAAAUCUUACUCGUUAUAACAGUUCGCCUGCUGGAUUCUUUGCGCAAUUUGAUAUUGAAAAUGAAUAUGGUGCAAUGAGAGGCAUAGGGGGUUAUGGAGCUGGUGGUAAUGCUGCUGCCGAAGCAUCAUUUCCAACUCCAAACAGGUUUAGUAGUCAAACGGCUCUCCAAUCCGGACAACCGCCUUCUUCGGGGCUAUUAGCUCCAAUCUCCGAAUUUGGUGCUAAAAGCAUAGAAGAGGGCCGAGCAGGCGAUGAAAGUUUUGGUAAAGGCCAUAAAAAUGAUGACAGUUACAUGACAGGUUUCCCCAUCCCUUCUUGGGAUGAUUCACAAAUGUUGACUGAUGAUUUCCUUCAAGUACCAGAAGAUAAUGAGGCCGAGCCGUUCUCCAAUGUAAAUGCAUCUGAUAAUCAGAGUAGUGAAGAUCGAGCUCGCCCUCCCACUCUAUUGUCUCAUCUGAGUUUGCCUCAAACCUCAGCGGAGUUAUCCGCUAUGGAGAAACUCUUGCAAGAUUCGGUACCUUGUAAAGUCAGAGCAAAGAGAGGUUGCGCCACUCACCCUCGUAGCAUCGCCGAGAGGGUAAGAAGAACUCGAAUAAGCGAAAGGAUGAGGAAGCUGCAAGAGCUUGUUCCUAACAUGGACAAGCAAACAAACACAGCAGAUAUGUUGGACUUUGCGGCUGACUACAUUAAAGAACUAGAGACACAAGUCAAGGCACUAUCCGAAAGGCGUUCGAAGUGUACAUGCUCGAAUAAAUAGAAGACCACAUUCAAAAAUGCUAAGGUAGGGCAUUGUUGUGCACAUUCUAGUGGGAUAAAAAUGACUGACAAUGGAAAUAGCAAGCAGAUAGGUAGAUUCUCUUUUGGUACUUGAAGAAGAAGAGAUUGGGUUGUUGUCAUUUUUUGGUGUGUAAAAAGAUAGAUGCAUAUUCAUCUGUUGUAACAUAAUAACCUAACUGUAUAUAAAUUUCCAUUGUCAAUUUUUCUUGACCUGAA